UUCUUCUUCUUCCUCCUCCUUCGUGGAAAGCGCGUGGAUGUGCUUGAUCCAGGACAGGAAACCUCCUCCUGCUGUUUGCAUAUCCAAACAGGCACAAGGUACAAGAAAAAAAAGACAUGCAUUAAAGGGAUGCCAGUCUUUGGAGCUUAUCCCCCCUCCUCUCCUCCUCCUCUUCCUCCUCCUCUUCCUCACAUCGGAGCCGUCAGUGCCGUGUCCGUGGAUCGCUUCUCUCCGCUCUCCUUCUCCGUGGAGCUGCCGCCACACCGCACGGACAUAAACGGGACUUUUACAGCUCCGGUGCACACUUUUAUGUGAAUCAUUAAAGAUUGGAGGACACACCAGUCAGCAACCCCACAGAGUCAACAUCUGAUUAAACAGGAACCAUUAAGAUCCUCACAGUGACUUCCCUUUUGUUGACAUCGCAGAGAACAAGUCCAGUAGUUGUAUGUGGACCAUUCAUCAAACUAGUCCUGUGUUUUCUGAAAAAUUGCAAAAACAGGGUAUGCUCUUUGGACAGCGGCGAUAUAUUUGAGUCACCGGUGGAAUUUGGUCACCAGGAUUGCUUUUUCUCACACCUUUGGAACUGUAGAUUUAUCAUGAUGCUAUUUUUGUCCGCCGCCCUCCCAAACUUCCCGGUCAACUGAUUCGGACUGUGACAACAUGUCUCUACCUAAGCGGAGGAAAUUCAGGACCUUUGCUCUCCUGGUUUGCAUCAUUACCUUCACAACAUUCCUGUUCAGUUACACCUUCCGGGACCCUUCGAUUUACUUCCUCAAGUACGCUUUUCGUUUAUCGGACAGUUUUUCCUCCAAAGGGCUAUGCGCCUGUCGCCAAUGCAUGGUGGAGCUUGACGAUGACCCCUGGUUUGGAGAGCGCUUCAAUCAUUCCAUCCACCCUCUGAUGACCAAGGACAACAGCAUCCUCUCUGAUGAAACCUUUAAAUGGUGGCAGUGGCUGCAGUCGGAGAGGCACCCGGCCAACUUCACUGAAGUGGUGGAGGAGUUGUUCCAAGUCAUCCCUGAUGAGGUGCUCUACAUGGACGCCAGCCCUGAGCGCUGCAGGACCUGCGCAGUGGUGGGGAACUCUGGGAACCUGAAGGGAUCCGGCUAUGGCAGACGCAUCGACUCCUGCGAUUUCAUCAUAAGAAUGAACCAGGCUCCCACCAGUGGGUUUGAAGAUGAUGUGGGUGCCAGAACAACUCAUCAUGUCAUGUAUCCUGAAAGUGCCAUAGACCUGGAUAACACCACUAACCUUGUGCUGAUCCCUUUCAAGACUCUGGACCUGCAGUGGAUCAUUAGUGCUCUGACUACGGGUACCAUUAAACAGACAUAUGUACCUGUUAUGUCCAGGAUAAAGGCAAACAAAGACAAGGUGUUGAUAUACAGUCCAUCGUUUUUUAAGUACGUCUACGAGUCUUGGCUUGAAGGUCAUGGACGCUAUCCUUCCACAGGGUUCCUCAGCUUACUGUUUGCUGUCCACAUAUGUGAUGAGGUCAGUGUGUUUGGAUUCGGUGCAGACCAGUAUGGGAACUGGCACCACUACUGGGAGGAAAACCAUUUGGCGGGAGCUUUCCGGCACACAGGAGUCCACGAUGGCGAUUAUGAGUAUAAUGUCACCCUGCUGCUGGCAGACAAGCACAAAAUCCGAAUGUUUAAAGGAAGAUGAUACGGAGCCCAUAUGCGCUGUGGGACAGCCAUCAAAUGAACCUCAGCAGCCUUUUAAUGCUUAUUUUUACUUUGCCUCACACAGUGAACAAUGGCUUUGUCCUGACUUCAAAAGACGUGUUCUCUGCAGCCCUUCUGGUCUGUCCACUUCCUUGUUCUUUUCUUAGUGCCAUUCUUACUGACCAGACCAAAAUCGACACUGCCACCUGCUCCUGACUCUGUAAUCCCAACUCAAAUCCAUCCGGGAGUGAAAAGGCAACAAGACAAGAUGUCUUUCAACCGAGCAUGUUCUAUGUCACAGACUUUUGUUCUUCAUUAGUGUGUAAUUAUCACAGUUGAAGCUAUGUCAAAUGAUCUUGGACAAUAACACAAAACAAGCUCUGCUGUUCACUGAAGAUAAACAAGUGCCACAAAUGUUUUGUAAAUUAUAGACACAACUGGGUCGCACCAACAAAGGCUUUAUUUAAUCUGUAAUUAGGGCUAAAAACUAGAUUUAAAACAAGUUAAUCCAGAUUUAAAAUCAUUCAGAGUUAUGACAGAGAGUAAGUUUUGUCACAUGCAUCCAUUCUCUUUGCAUUAUAACCUGUUCUUGUAGUUUUUUUCAAUUAUUAAAUAAGAUUUAUUUAUAUUGCACCUUUCACAGACAGUGCUCACAAAGUGCUUCACAAUAAAACUAGAGCAGUUGAAGAAGCAUAGUGAAAACAGUUAAAUACAUCAAAAAAUACAGAGGGAAAUUGAGUAAAAAACAUAAAAGCAUAUUAGUUGUAUAGCCCUUGUUGAAUUAAAUGCUUCCGAAAUUUAAAAAAAAAAAAAAAAAAAGUCUUCAAUUGCUUUCUAAAAGUGUCCACAGAGUCCAGAGAUCAACCCAGAAAUAGAACAUUUAGAACCAUAAAUGUCUUCUGUGUGGUCACAAUAAGCUUGAAUUUUAGUCUCCAAAAUAUAAUCAGUUCUUCCUUGAGUCUAAGUGAAUGUUUAUACCAAAUCUAAAAGGCAUUUCUGAAAAAUCACACACAUUGGAAAAGAAAAGUGAAGUCGUAACCCCUGAAAUCUAACUUGAAAAAUAUGAAUGGCAAGAGAAAAAAUAAUUUAAUGAUCCAGUUUGUGUGUAUUUGUCAAGAAACUCACUGUUUGUUGUGAAGCAUCAUCUACAUCAGUGUGAAACGGUUUCAUUGACUGCAUCUCAUGUGUUACAUAUAUUUAUUUUGGCAUAUUUCAAGACUAAAUUAAAAAAAAAUAUAUUAAAUGUAAGCUAAUUCUUUAGCUAGUAAUGCAAUUAGUUAAUGAUAAUGACAGGGAAGCUCGAAUUUCUCCACAUUUGAGAAAAAAAAGGUUGACUAAAUUAUCUCUGUUGAGUAUAUUUAAGAUUAUUUAUAUAAACUGACAUUAAAUAGAGUUGAAUCAAGACAGAUGCUAUCUUAGCUACAUUUGUGAGCUUGCUGUCUGUAGCCAUUGAGUAUAAAUGGUAACAUGUUAACAUUCAGCUGCUGUAUUCCUUAAUAAAACAUGGCUGUCUAAUUAGAUAUAACUAUACAGGCUGUAACUCUAAAUACUCUCCUCCUUUGAGAGUAAUGUAGCCAAAUAACAGAAGGAAAAAAUAGCACAGUAAGUUAAAAAAAAAAAAAAAAAAAGAAACACUGUCUGGCAGAAACUGGCAGUUUUAGUCAUGUUGGCCCAGUCGUUUUUCAGCUCCAGUACUGUUUUCUAACUGAACCAUUGUCUUGGCUGAAGUUCCGAAGCAUCAUAAAACAUAAUUUAGUUUCUCUGUUCCUAAAGUUUCUCCGUGACUGACUGCCAUUAUAUUGUUGAAUCCACCUCAAAAAGCAGCUAUUUUAGAUGUUAGACCUCUUCACGUGUCAAUUUCAAGUCAAACCACAUCAUAAAGUUUCUCAUUUUCAAGCGUCAUAGUUGAAUUUAACCUAAACUUUAGAGCAGGGAUUAAAAAGAGGUUCAAAUGUAAUCGUUAUCUAUUUUAAGGUGCCUUUUAACAUUUGGCGCAGUAUAAAUAAAGUUAAAACAUGAUAGAAUUGGGUUUAAGAUUCAUCCUUGUUGGUGCAGCCCUGCCACGGAGGACAAAUAUGUGCAAAAUUCAUCAGGAAGCAGAGUGUUAAGAGAGGCU